AUGUCAUCUGCUAGACCUAGAAUUACGCCAUUAAAGGCUCCCGUUCUUCCACAACAAACCACACCUGAACAAAGAUAUUGGCGCCAAUAUUCUUCUACACAGUUGGUUAAGGAACAUAAUGCUGUUACUCACAUUUCGUUUAAUCCAAGGCAUCCUCAUGACUUUGCAGUCACAUCAUCUACUAGGGUUCAGCUGUUUUCUUCGCGUACAAGACAGGUAAGCAAGACGUUUUCUCAGUUUAAAGAUGUGGUCUACUCUGCUACUUUUCGCUCCGACGGUAAGAUGUUAGUUGCGGGUGAUGCAACAGGUUUGGUUUCUGUGUACGAUAGCUACAAUCCACGUAACCUUUUGGUGUCCAUAAAGGCUUCGUCGCAUCCUACUCACGUGACCAAAUUUCAUGCUGUAGAUAAUAAGACCCUGGUCACUGCAAGCGAUGACAGAGUUGUAAGACUCUGGGAUAUAUCUCACUCUUACGAACCUACUCUAGAAUUAACAGGAGCUUCAGAUUAUGUGCGCUCGGUAAGUUUUGUUCCAGCCGCUCCACAUCUCGUUGUCACAGGAUCAUACGAUGGAGUUGUUAGGCUCUAUGAUUCCAGAGUAAAAUCUACUCAACCUAUCAAUACUCUUAACCAUGAGGCACCAGUGGAAUCUACUAUAGCAACAUCUCCCACACAACUUGUUUCGUGUGGAGGAAAUGGCUUUAAGGUAUGGGACCUGACCAACUUAAACCUUCUAUGCCAGCGUAAUAACUUCGCUAGGACUGUAACAUGUCUAGAUUACGUGAACAUGGCGAGCUCUGCUCCAAUGAGCUCAUGUCUCUUAGCAUCGUCCUUAGAUGGCCACGUCAAGGUGUUUGAUCCUUUGGACAAUUUUUCCGUCAAAUUCGGCUGGAAAUUUAGUUCUGCAGUUUUAAGUUGCGCUGUUUCUCCAGGUGAAGCCAAAGGUAACACGCACUUAGUUGCUGGCCUUUCAUCAGGAUUGCUAGCGGUUAGAACGAAUAAGAAAACAAAGAAACCAACGCUAAGCGAGGAUGGGGACGUUAAUUUAGAAGCAUCUGUUAUGGGCAAAGCGCAAAAGAGCGGCAAUUUCCAGAGAAUGAUGAGGGGUUCCGAAUACAAAGGAGACGAAGAGCACAUUAUCCAUAAUGAUAAGCCUAAACAGCAGCCUAGACUACGACUAUUCGAAAAGAAUUUGAAUCAGUUCAAAUGGGCAGAGGCUUUAGAUAGUGCAUUUAUUCCAGGUAUGGCAAAAGAAUUAACAUUAACUGUUUUACAGGAGUUGCGCAAGCGUGGAAAGAUUCGUGUCGCCUUGUAUGGCAGAGACGAAACAUCACUAGAACCGCUAUUGAAUUGGUGUUUAAAGGGAAUUGAAGACGUUAGGAGCGCACCAGUCGUCGCAGACUGGAUAGCUGUGGUUUUAGAACUAUAUGGAGGGAUGAUCGAGAAAUCUCCAGUCUUAGAGGAAAUGAUUAUCUCGGUUAGGAAUAAAGUUAGACAUGAAAUUCAUAAGGCGAAAGAGGCACAGAGGAUUGAGGGAAUGCUACAGUUACUAGCAAGUUGA